AUGUACACUAAAGAAAAUUUUGUUGAAAAGGACGGGAAUGUUAACGUUGAUAAGAUUAUCCAAGAAUCUCAGAUACAAUGGAUACCUUAUGAUAAUUUUUACGAUACCAAAUACAUAAUUGAUAGUGAAAAUUACACUUUUCAUUCGUCUAGAUUAAGAAAUUACAUGAUAGACAAACUUGAAUAUCGUGGUGUUGUUGUUUUGAAAGAAUAUAGAUAUGAUAUUUUAGAAUUUUUUAAAGAGAUUAAGAAUAAUGGUUCUUAUUCUUAUUGCUUCGCCAAAUUAUUUGGAAUUUCCAAAAAUCCUUCUACACAAAACUACAUUAUUGUUAUGGAAUCAUGUAGAAAUACUGCCCAUAAUUGUUUAUCUAAUAUCUUUCGAAAUAAUAAUUGGCAUUCAAAAAUAAGUUCACUACAUGAAAUAAUAAGAGGCCUCGAUGCUUUACAUUCAAAUAGCCUGAUUCAUUCUGAUUUACAUAAUAGAAAUAUUUUAAUUCUUAAUCAAUUUGGCGAUGUUGAAUAUAAUAAAAGAAUAAUGAAUAAAUCUCAAGAAAAAAAAUUACUUCGAUCUUUAUAUAAUUUUCAUCCUCAAUCCUGUUAUACUAGUAGGCACAUUCAUACUCUUUGCAAAUUGCAAGAUUCAUUAGAAGAUUUAAAAUCUGGAAAAUAUCCUAAUUUAUAUACUGAAG